AUGAUCCUAAAGUGCGAGUUAGCCCCUCAUGCUAAUGGAAUCCAAUGGCAACCGACUGUCAGGGACCAUGUUCAGAGCCACGCAUGCUUGAGGACAUUACGCUGUGGAGUGUGCCAGCUGUCUCAGCCCUCUCGAUGCGCCCUCCUGUGGCACACACUGACACACCUCUUUCCUAUUUACACUUGUCCACAAUGCGCCAGCCCCUUCCUGGAGAGCACGCUGCUGAAAAGACACCUGUCUCUACACACAGAGGAAGGAGCGUCGGUGAAACAGGAUGACGGCAGCCCAGAGACCAGCGGAGAAGGCCAGGCCGAGCUGCGCUGCUUCCUGUGUCCACAGACCUUCCGCUCGGAAACCGCGUUUCAUUACCAUCUCAGCGUGCAUUCGAACGAGCUCCAAGGCAGCCAGGUAUGGCCGGCCAAGCGCAAGGGGGACCAGCUCCUCGAAUACUCCUCAUCCUCCUCCUCACCUAUGGAGGCGAGCGGCUCGGGUAAAGCAGGUUACAACUUAAGCCUGGGCUUCAGCAUGCAGGACAAAAUGGCUCACGGUGGCGCCUUGUUUCCUGCCGGACUCGUACUGAACGGUAACUCUGGUGGCGGAAGGGAAAAAUUGUAUCGCUGUCGGUAUUGCGGUAAGCAUUUCGCACACUCGGGCGAGUUCACCUACCACCUUCGCAUCCACACGGGCGAGAAGCCCUACCAGUGCAAAGUAUGUAUGCGCUUUUUCCGUGGCCGUUCCACCAUGAUCUGCCACCUAAAGACGCACUCGGGCGCCCUCAUGUACCGCUGCACCGUCUGCGGCCUGUUUUUCUCCACACUCAAGAUGGUUUCCUCGCACAUGGAGCUCCAUAAAGACCAGCUGCCGCCCGAUUUCAACAUCGAGGAGACCUUUAUGUAUAAUGACCACUCUAAAGAGCCCGUCCCAAAUAUGGACACCUGAAAGUCGCCCUCUCUUAACGCUCCGUCACACUGUGUGCCCACGUUUACAGUCGUGGCCAAAAGUUUUGGCAGUGACAUAAA